AUGAGCUACAUUUUCGUGAUAACUGUCAAGAACUUUAAAAAACGUUUUAUUUUACCCUCUUCGUUGGUGCGAUUGAAAUUAAUAGGUGUUAUUCUGUAUUUUAUUAUUAAACAAAUGUCAGCCAGAAAAUCAACAUCAUCAAAAGCGAGUGUUACUGCUAAUGGUAAUGAAGAUAUUUCAGAACCAAAGCCAAUACGUGGACCUCGAACAAAAGCAGUCUCGCAUUCAAAACUAGCUGGUCUUCAGUUUCCUGUUGGUCGUAUUCACCGUCUAUUACGCAAGGGAAACACAAACCGUAUUGGUCGAGGUAGUGCUGUUUAUAUGGCUGCUGUUCUUGAAUAUUUGACGGCCGAAAUUUUAGAGUUAGCUGGCAAUGCAGCACGUGAUAAUAAAAAACAACGAAUAACUCCUCGUCACUUACAAUUAGCAAUUCGUAAUGAUGAAGAAUUGGCAAAAAUGUUAUCAAAAGUAACAUUACCUCAAAGUGGCGUUCUUCCACAUAUUCAUCCGCUGUUAUUAAAAAUGAAAACACAGGAUACAUUUCGUAGUGAUGAUGGCGAUGCUGAUGAUUCAUCAAGAAAAUCAAAAAGUUCAUCAGAAAAACAACAAUCAAAAUCAAAAAUUUCAUCAAAAAAACAACAAUCAAAAGCAAACAUUUCAUCGAAAAAACAAUCAAAAUCAAAAACUUCAUCGAAAAAACAACAAUCAAAAUCAGAAUCCGCUCAAAAAGCAACUACACCAAGAAGAACAUCAAAAAGAGCAAGCACAGAUUUAAAAAUGAAUGGUGACGCUGAUGAUGAAACGCAGAUUGAAAAAGAAGAAAGUAUUGCUGAUGUUUCAACAACAAAAAGUCAGUCACAAUCACAACGUGCUUAA